UCGAAGUUGAUUUCCCGAGAAACCCUCCGCAUAAACCCUCUUUUUACUGUGGGCUUUGUUCGCAGACACUUUUUCCCUUCUCCCUCUCUUCUUCUCCAAUCGGAUUUUUCGCUCCGAAAUUUGAACAAAACAGCUCGAACCUUCUCUUGUUCCCGCUCUUGUGGUUCGCGAGGGAGCCAAAAUCGAUCUAGGGUUUUGGUUUUCUCGCUCCCCAGAAUCCACUAGGGUUCUCUGGUUCGAUAUCCGAUUCCGUCCAGUGUUGUUUGUUCUUCCAAUAAUAUGUCACAAGACGAGGAGAUUGUGAUGCGGGAUGUGACGAACGCGGGUCUCUGCGUUGGUGACCGCAUUGGCCGAGAAGCCGCAUCUCAGCUCGAUCUUGAAGAAGCUCUAGAAGCUUCCAGAUACGCUAGUCACCCCUAUUCGACUCAUCCCAGAGAGUGGCCGCCGUUAAUCGAGGUUGGUGAGACUUGGGAAUUGCCUUCUGUACUUAUCGAGAGGUAUAAUACAGCAGGUGGGGAAGGGACGGCCUUGUGUGGAAUUUUUCCAGAGAUUCGACGGGCGUGGGCAUCCGUCGACAAUUCAUUGUUUCUGUGGCGUUUCGACAAAAGGGAUGGGCAAUGUCCUGAGUAUAGCGGGGAGGAGCAGGCUAUUUGUGCCGUUGGACUAGCGAAAUGUAGACCUGGAGUUUUUGUUGAAGCUAUUCAAUAUCUUUUGGUGCUGGCAACUCCUGUUGAGUUGGUUCUUGUUGGAGUUUGCUGCACUGAAGGACCUGAUGGUAGAGAUCCUUAUGCUGAGAUUUCAGUACAGCCUCUGCCUGACUAUACUAUAUCAUCAGAUGGAGUGACUAUGACAUGCGUUACGUGUACCAAUAGAGGGCGCAUUUUCAUGGCUGGACGUGAUGGUCAUAUAUAUGAGCUAUUAUAUACAACUGGUUCAGGCUGGCAUAAACGUUGUCGUAAAGUAUGCCUUACUGCAGGUGUUGGUAGUAUGAUCUCCAGGUGGGUUGUGCCAAAUGUGUUCAAGUUUGGAGCUGUAGAUCCUGUUGUAGAGAUGGUCGUUGAUAAUGAAAGGCAAAUUUUAUAUGCCCGCACUGAAGAGAUGAAACUUCAAGCAUAUGUUUUUGGGCCAAAUGGGGAAGGCCCUCUUAAGAAGGUUGCAGAAGAAAGGAAUCUGUUAAAUCAGAAGGAUGUGAGCCAAGGAAAUCGACAGUCAACAGCGGCAGGUCGAUCUAACAAGCCAACCAUAGUCAGCAUUUCGCCACUGUCCAUGCUGGAAUCCAAAUGGUUGCACCUUGUUGCGGCGUUAUCAGAUGGUAGGAGGAUGUAUCUCUCCACCUCUUCAAGUGGAAGUAGUUUCAGUGGGUUCAACAACCACCGGCAGACUCCAAGCUGUUUGAAAGUCGUUUCAACUAGGCCAUCUCCUCCAUUGGGGGCCGGUGUUGGGCUUGGUUUUGGAGCUGCAUCUCUUGCUGGUAGAACCCCAAAUGAGGAUCUCUCCAUGAAGGUUGAAACAGCAUAUUAUUCUGUUGGAACUCUUGUCCUUUCAGAUUCAUCGCCACCUGCUAUGUCUUCUCUUCUUGUUGUUAGCAGAGAUUCAAGCGUGCACUCUCAGGCUGGCGGCAGUUCAGCUUCAAGUUCAAGGAGUUCUCGGGCUUUACGGGAAGUUGUGUCCUCUCUACCCAUUGAAGGCCGUAUGCUUUUUGUAGCCGAUGUGCUCCCCUCUUCUGAUACUGCUGCUACUGUUCAAUCAUUGUAUUCAGAACUUGAAUACUGUGGACUCGAAGUCUCGGGAGAGUCUUAUGAAAAGGCAUGUGGAAAACUCUGGGCCAGAGGUGAUCUUUCGACCCAGCAUAUCUUGCCAAGGCGAAAGAUUGUCAUUUUUACCACCAUGGGUAUGAUGGAACUGGUUUUUAAUAGACCUGUUGAUAUCUUGAGAAGACUUCUAGAAUCCAACUCUCCAAGGUCCCUUCUGGAAGAUUUUUUCACCCGCUUUGGAGCAGGCGAAGCAGCUGCCAUGUGCUUGAUGUUGGCUGCCCGGAUAAUAAAUUUUGAAGAUCUAAUUAGUAACAUUGUUGCCGAUAAAGCAGCUGAGGCUUUUGAGGAUCCGAGAAUGGUAGGCAUGCCACAAUUUGAUGGCAGUAGUGGAUUGUCAAAUACUAGAACAGCAACUGGAGGUUUCAGCAUGGGCCAAGUUGUUCAAGAAGCCGAGCCUAUAUUUUCAGGUGCACACGAAGGGCUCUGCCUUUGUACGUCAAGAUUACUGUUUCCCCUGUGGGAACUUUCUGUGGUGUCUAAAAAAACCAGUUUUGAUUCCAUGUCUGAGGACGGAGUGGUGAUUUGUCGUCUUUCUACCAGUGCUAUGAAUGUGCUGGAAAGCAAGAUUCGAUCGUUGGAGAAAUUCUUAAGAUCUAGAAGGAACCAGAGAAGGGGGCUUUAUGGAUAUGUUGCUGGGUUAGGAGAUGUUACAGGCUCUAUUUUGUAUGGUAAUGGUUCAGAGUUGGGUGCUACUGAGAGGAAUAUGGUUAGGAACUUGUUUGGAGCAUAUUCCAAUGGAGGCGAGUCAGCAAAUAAAAGACAGCGGUUGCCAUAUAGUCCUGCUGAAUUGGCUGCCACGGAGGUGAGGGCGAUGGAGUGUAUUAGGCAGUUACUUCUCAGAUCUGCAGAAGCCCUCUUCCUACUUCAACUUCUCUCUCAACAUCAUGUUGCUAGAUUAGUUCAGGGGCUUGACGCAAACUUAAAGCAAGCUUUGGUUCAGUUGACAUUCCAUCAGUUAGUUUGUUCUGAAGAGGGCGACCAAAUUGCAACAAGACUCAUAUCUGCCGUGAUGGAGUAUUAUACCGGCUCAGAUGGCAGGGGAACAGUUGACGAUAUUAGCGGGCGGCUACGUGAAGGUUGCCCAAGUUACUUCAAGGAGUCGGAUUACAAAUUCUUCUUAGCUGUUGAACGCCUUGAAAGAGCUGCUUUAACUUCAGAUGCUGAGGAGAAAGAGAAUGUUGCUAGAGAGGCGUUCAGUUUCUUGAGUAAAGUCCCUGGAUCUGCAGAUCUCAGAACUGUCUGCAAACGUUUUGAGGAAUUGAGGUUCUAUGAAGCUGUUGUCUGUUUGCCUUUGCAGAAGGCCCAAGCCCUUGAUCCUGCUGGCGAUGCUUUCAAUGACCAAAUUGAUGCUUCCAUUAGAGAGCAUGCUAUUGCCCAGCGAAAACAAUGCUAUGAAAUUAUCGCUAAUGCCUUGCGAUCUCUAGCUAGUUCCAUGCUAGAUGAGGCUUCACGUAGACAAUAUAUAUGCCAAAUCGUUCAUCUUGGUGUGCAAUCAACUGACAGAGCAUUCCGGGAGUACCUAUACAACGCCAUGAUAGAACUGGGUCUUGAAAAUGAGCUCCUGGAGUACGGAGGUCCAGAUUUGGUACCUUUUCUCCAGAAUGCUGGCAGUCAUUCGGCAUCAGAGGUCGCGGCUGUAUCUUCUGGAUCAUCUCCGCUGGGUCAGUCAGGAACACAGAUUUCAUCAAAUCAAGCCAAAUAUUUUGAUCUUCUUGCGAAAUACUAUGUGUCGAAGAGACAGCAUGUGCUUGCUGCUCAUGUGCUUCUAAGGCUUGCGGAAAGGCGCGCAAUUAUUUCAGGGGACAAUCCUAUCCUUGAACAAAGGCGACAAUACCUUAGCCUCGCAGUUUUACAGGCUAAGAAUGCAAGUAAUAGCGAUGGUUUAGUAGGUUCUGAUCAAGGUGCUUCUGACAGUGGGUUGCUUGAUCUGCUUGAAGGAAAACUCGCAGUUCUUCAGUUCCAAAUAAAGAUCAGAGACAAACUUGAAGCCAUGGCUUCGAAUUUCGAGUCCUCGGUUGCCAUGCAGGAGUCUGACCAGAAUGAGCCAGUACUUGAUUGUGGUUCUAGUGAUGGUUCCAGCUUAGCAAAUGCAGCAAAUGAAAAGGCCAUGGAGCUCUCCUUGGAGCUUAAAAGCAUAACGCAGUUGUAUAAUGAAUAUGCUGUCCCAUUUGAGCUCUGGGAGAUCUGUCUGGAAAUGCUCUACUUUGCCAACUAUUCUGCUGAUGCUGAUUCAAGCAUAAUAAAGGAAACAUGGGCUAGACUCAUCGAGCAAGCUCUUUCUCAAGGUGGGAUAGCUGAAGCAUGUUCAGUACUCAAGAGAGUCGGAUCUCAGAUAUAUCCUGGCGAUGGAGCUGUUUUACCGCUCGAUGUCCUGUGCCUUCACCUCGAGAAAGCUGCACUUGAGAGAUCAGAGAGGAAUGAAAUUGUUGGGGAUGAAGACAUAGCUCGAGCUCUACUAGCCGCCUGCAAAGGCGCAGCUGAACCCGUGCUCAACGCUUAUGACCGUUUAUUAUCUAAUGCAGCCAUUGUGUCGUCGCCGAAUCUAAGAAUCCGCCUCCUUGGUUCAGUUCUGGUGGUGCUCCUUGAAUGGGCAAUGUCGGUAUUGUCAGACAGAAUGGGCUCGAGUCCAACGAGGUCUUCUUUGAUAUUAGGUGGCUCGUUUGCACAUGAGAACAAAGCCGUUCUUAACCAAGGGGUCCGUGAUAAGAUCGCAAGCGCCGCAAACAGGUACAUGACAGAGGUUAGGAGACUGACUCUGCCACCGACGAAGACGGAGAGUAUAUUCGCUGGUUUCAAAAAACUUGACGAGUCUCUCUUAAGUCCAUUCUCCUUCUGAUCCAUCAUCACUCUUUUUCUUUUUUUAUUUGCAUCCAAUUUUUUUCACUUUAUAGGGUAUUUAGCAGCUUUCUUGUAACUUUAAAUAACUCUUAGGGGAAAUUUCCCCUUCUUUAGUCUUCAGAGAGAAUCAAAAUACGUAAAGAGAGAUAUAAUUCUGUAGUUCCUCUUAAAUUUGGGGCCUUGUGUGUCAUUUUUAUCUGUAUUAUCUAGUUUCUUUA